GGGAGGGGGGCGCAUUACCGUUGUCUUUAUACAUCCAUGGGCAUCACUCUGCAAAGAGAAGCUAUGGCUUCGUCCAACAUUUACUCCAGAGGUUGUGCAGCUGUGAAGUUGUAACUCAAUAAGAAGGGGGAGCGCCGCUCACUGUUUCCAUGAGCGUCGGCUGAUGGGCGAAGCGAUGCGGCACCACUGGCUGCUCCUUGGGGCUUGCGGCUGGGUGCUGCUCAUCCUGAUGUUUUUCAGCAAGUUCAUCAGCUUCAGAGCUGUAGAUGACUAUGGAGAGAGAGUUGGUGGUCAGAGUUGGACAGUACCAGGCAGCAAGGUGGUUAAACCAGUACCUGUUUCCAGCCCAGAGAAACCAUUUCCACAGCCAUCCGACCAGUCCUCAGCAGUACCAUCAGUGACAGAUUGGCAGUCAGUCAUUGAGAGGCGAAUCGAGUUGCUCUCAUCUGUAUGUGAGAACAGCAGCCUCAGGAAUUUGACUCACGUCUCCAUCCGCAAGUUUGUCCUGGACCGGAUCUUUGUCUGCGACAAACGCAAGAUCUUGUUCUGCCAGACUCCUAAAGUGGGCAACACACAAUGGAAGAAGGUCCUCAUUGUGCUCAAUGGAGCAUUCCCCACUGUGGAAGAGAUCCCAGAAAACCUUGUUCACGACCAUGAGAAGAACGGCCUGCCCCGUCUCUCAUCACUCUCGCCGCAGGAAAUUACUCACAGAUUAAACACUUACUUUAAGUUUUUCAUCGUGAGAGACCCCUUUGAGCGCCUGAUUUCUGCAUUCAAGGACAAGUUUGUGAAGAACCCACGCUUUGAGCCUUGGUACAAGCAUGACAUCGCCCCAGCCAUCAUCCGUAAGUACCGCAAGAGCCACCGCGACAGCGAGCUCUCCGCCUCUGGCCUGCACUUUGAGGACUUUGUCCGUUACUUGGGCGACGUGGAGGGCCGCCUCCGCAUGGACCGACAGUUCAGCGAGCACAUUAUUCACUGGGUGACUUACGCAGAGUUGUGCGCGCCGUGUGAAAUACACUACAAUGUGGUGGGCCACCAUGAGACACUGGAGCAGGACGUCCCACACAUCCUCAAAGCUGCAGGCAUCGACCGUCUGGUGUCCUACCCGGCCAUUCCUCCAGGUAUCACCCGCUACAACAGGUCCAAGGUGGAGCACUACUUCUCAGGCAUCAGCAAGCGGGACAUCAGGCGUCUCUACGCGCGUUACCAGGGGGACUUCAACCUAUUUGGUUACCCAAGCCCAGACUUUCUACUGAACUGAAAUUAACACUGACUAAAAGACAAGUUUUCAUAUAAAAUCCUCUCAACAUCUUUGGUUUACUGAGACAGAGGUGUAUUGUAGCGGACAGUAAUGUUUUUAUUUUAGGAAUAACUGACUGCAUUGUGCAAUGAGUUCAGGCUACGCAGUGUGUGGGGUGGAACAGCAAAUAUAAAGAUCACAUACAGGUACACAUGCUAUCUAAUAUUUAAUGUUCAUGAAUGAUUUGUCCUUGUACUCUGUAACGCCAGGGAUACAGGCCCGUUACCCUGUAAUGUAGCUAUUAUACUGCACUGUGUGGUCCACCAGUUUCAAUGAUUCAUCUCGUGGAGGAAAGCGACGGACAGCGCUGCGCGGUUUGACGUGCCGUGUCUUUUCUGUACUUCUUGCUAUCAUGCUCGACACAGGGGAAGACCGUCUGUAUCAGGGACGCUAACAUUAAAGUAGAGUAAGUGAACGGAGAGAAUAUAACACAAACUUACUGGUCGAUCAUUCUCAUUUGUUUUUAAGAGCUAUAAGUCCGUGUUAACUUUUUAUAUUUUUUACCAUUGUUCUUUGCUUUCUGCAAGUCAUAUUAAUGCCUUGUAAAGUAAAUUACUUUUCAUAUAUCAUGAAAUAAGAAGACCUUGGUCCCGCCUUGAUCCAUACUGAAGCUACUGUUCUGGUUCUGCCUUUACUGAAACUGACAAAAGUUAUUAAAUGCUUUUGACUGAUUAAUUCAGAUGUUAACCGCACUGGGACAUCGAAGGCAACUGACACUGGGUUUUAAAGGAUCGUUUUUCUAUCAGAAAUGUACUGUGUAAAUGUUCUUAACAUGACUUGCAACUCAACAUUUGUAUUACAUGUUACUAUUUAUAAUAUUAUUAACCUGACACUCACAGUGUCUAAAUUGUAAGACACACUGCCUCCCUGCAGCCACGUGGUGACCUUUUGGACAGGCGGGCAUAAUACAAAGACAACACUAGUUAGUAAUAAAGU